AUGGAUAAUGAAAACCAAACCAUGGUGACUGAGUUUAUCUUUACAGGCAUCACACAGGAUCCUGAGCUGCAGAUUACCUUUUUUGUGGUCUUCCUCAUCAUCUAUCUGAUCAAUGUGGUGGGGAACAUUGGCAUGAUUGUCCUCAUCCUGACAGACACUCAGCUACACACACCCAUGUAUUUUUUCCUCUGCAAUCUCUCCUUUGUCGACCUGGGCUACUCCUCGGCCAUUGCCCCCAGGAUGUUGGCUGACCUUUUGACAAAGCACAAGGUGAUCUCCUUCUCCAGCUGUGCCACCCAGUUUGCUUUCUUUGUAGGUUUUGUAGAUGCUGAGUGCUAUGUCUUGGCUGCUAUGGCCUAUGAUCGUUUUGUGGCCAUCUGUCGACCCCUCCACUACAGUACCUUCAUGUCCAAACGAGUCUGUUUGACUCUCAUGCUGGGCUCUUACUUGGCAGGUCUAGUGAGCUUAGCAGUACACACUUCACUUACCUUCAGCCUGAAUUACUGUGGUUCCAAUAUCAUCAACCAUUUUUUUUGUGAAAUCCCACCGCUCUUGGCUCUCUCAUGUUCAGAUACCUAUAUCAGCGAAAUAUUGCUCUUCAGUCUGUGUGGCUUCAUUGAAUUCAGCACCAUCCUCAUCAUCUUCAUCUCCUAUGCCUUCAUCCUCAUUGCAAUUAUCAGAAUGCGCUCUGCUGAAGGACGCAUGAAGGCUUUCUCUACCUGUGGGUCUCACCUUACUGGGGUUACCCUCUUCUACGGCACGGUCAUGUUUAUGUACUUGAGGCCAACAUCAAGUUACUCUCUGGAUCAAGACAAGUGGGCCUCUGUGUUCUACACUAUUAUCAUCCCUAUGUUGAAUCCCUUGAUCUACAGUUUGCGGAACAAGGAUGUGAAAGCUGCUUUCAAAAAACUAAUUGGGAAAAUACCUCAAUAA